AUGUCUGUGAAUUCCUCAAAGCAACUGAACGCCGUUUUACAUAACCAUUUUUCGUUGCAACUCUUUGCGCACGAACUUAAAUUAAACGACCUCGCCAUACCAUUAGCGCAUGAAGUGGGGGAGGGUCACGCGUCGCUCGACUUUCUCGAGGCUCAGCGGCCGCCUGUUCGAGAUCGAGACACCGCUGGGACGUCGUUUCAUAUCACACCACUCCCCGAAGGGCAGAGUCCACUCGGCUGGAAGAUGUCACACUUUAUUGGGGCUGUGCAUCUUUCAUUCGGGAACACAGCAUCUAUGAAAGCUUUGGAGUCUCUGUAUGACUUGAGUAAUGCGGGGAACGUCGUUGGGUGCGCUUCUUCGUUGCUCUUGCGAACAGUGGAGUGUUUCCCCGCGACAAACGUCGCGGGAGCAUUAUUAGCCGCGCAGGGUAUUCCGGUCCGAUUUGUUGGCAAAACACGCUUGCUACCUCAAGAUGAUCAUGGCUAUAAUAAGACCGAAAAGGAGUCUCCCUCGGUGGAUAGUGAAACCAAAGGCAAUGGCUCCGGGAAUGCCAUGUCGGUGGGUAAUUCUGUUGGAAACGGUGACCGCAGCUGUCGUAACGCCGAUUGCGGGGAUCGCAAUGACCAUCUUAUCGCAUUGAGUGGGUUUGGCAUUAAACUUACGCAAGAAGAUAUUUCUCUAGAUGCUAUCAUUGGCUCCAAGGAUGUUCGUGCUACUUUAGCAGCCGGUCCUGGAGUCGUGGAUUAUGUCGAAACGUGGAGGCAACGCACGGCCGAACUUGUCAAGCGGAAACUGGAGGAGCCUCCGGAAGCUGCCCUGGAAGAUGGAUGGCUGACUACAGCAGAACAACGGCACUACAAGAACGGACCGGCCUUUUCUCAGACGGUUGAUUUUUCUUUGUUCCGGUCUUUCGCCGACGAGUAUGGUGGUUCGCAGCCGGUUGAUGGGAAAUGGAUUGGGAGGAGGAAGUUUAAGAAGGCGGUUCGGGAUCCAUUGUUUUAUGACAACCGUUCGGAUAUGCGAAAUGGUGUUCCAUUUUCUACAAAUGGUGAACCGCUUCAGGACUAUCUAGAGCGUUUUGAUCGGGCACAUGAGAGGCUAUUUGAGGUCACGAUGUUGACAGGUAUGUACGAGGAACGUGUCCUUGGGAGGGCAAUCGCAUCGUCUUACACAGUGGCGAGAGAGUUGGCAUGCAGGGCAUACCUUGGUGGCGUUAUGAACGAUCUCGGUGCGCUUUUAAAUCAGCAUGAGAACUAA